AUGGAGCCGCACCGUCUUUUAGCGUCUCUAUCCAAACCGUCCGACCGCCUCUUCCUCUUGCGCGUAGAGGAUGACAUCGUGCGUUUCCUCUCCUCCCCGUGGGGCUCCGCACCCCCUAACACCCCAUUCAUUCCGCGACACUCUCUUCCCGUUUCCCCCAUCGCCUGCGGAGCUCCGGCCGCAAGCUCCUCUCGAAGCAGCGCGCCGAGCGCUCCAGCACUUAGCGCCGCUGCGCGGUCUCCGGAGCAAGCUGGCAGAGCUGGUUCCGCGCGCCAAGGCGGAGAGGGAGCACUUGCGCGGCGGCGCGUGCGGCCAGGCGCGGAACCAUGGACACGUGGCCGCUCCGCACGCGCCAACGGCGAAGCGGGGGAAGGAAGUGGCAGGUUGGUGGUGACUGUAGAAAGUGAUACAGCAACGGGGGCCGCGGAAAAGAAGAUACGCGCCGAGGUUGAGGCGCGGGUGGGGGCCAGACCUGGGGAGGGAGAGGCGCGGAAAGUGGAUGGGGAAGCGGGGGGGGUAGCGGCGCAGGAAGGGGCCAGGGAAGCGGAAAGAAAGGUCUCGCGCGGACGCGGGCAUGGGGUUGACGGGGAAGCAGAGCUACGAAACGGGCAGGAUGAGGGGAGACUGGCGGAGAGGACAGGGGGAGCGGAGGGGAGUGGGGGAGAUGUUGGCGCAAAAGAAAUGAGGGGGGAGGCGGAAAGAGGGGAGAGUGACUUGGAGGAAGGAGUGGAAAGUGGGGAGGAGGGGGUGGGGAGUGAGGGGGAGAAGCAAGGGUUUCAGAGGAGGGUGUGCAAGGGGAGAGGGUUUAAGGCGCACCAAGGGGGAGGCGCAUGGGCGGCAGCUGCGGCAGCUGAUGCGCGGAUAGCAGCAGGGCAGCAGGGAACGGCAGGGGUGGCGAAUGAGAGUAAAGCAGGCAGCCGCAGAAAGAGUGGGGAAGGAUCAGCAAGAGGAGAGAACAGUGCAACCGAAGAGAAUUCAGCUGAAAGGGCUGUUGAGGGUGUCACCACAGGGGUCGAAUUGGCAGGAGGCGUAAAGACAGGGGGCGUCACGACAGGGGGCAUAACGACCCUUGAGCGGGCGGCACAGGCCUGCCCGGUGCCAAAACGUUUCUCGCUGCCCGUUACUGUUGCUGGAGUAGGGAGGAGAGAGGUGCAGGGUGGGAGAGAGUGGGAGAGACGUGGUGGCGGAAUGGAUGAGAGCACCAAGGAGCGAAGGGGAGGAGGAGGAGGGAAGUGUGGCGAGCGUGCAGAGAGCGAGGGGGAUGAGGUGUCUCUUGUUCCUAAGAGGAAGGGACGGGGAAGGUUCUUAUACCAUGAGAAGGAGGGAAGCAGUGGGGUAGAAAAGUUAAAGGAGAGGAGUGGGAAGGGGCGAGGAGAGGAAAGGAGUGAGGGGACGAGAGGAGGGGACGAUUGGGGUGCAGGAAGAAGAGGGGAUGGCGGAGGGAGGGGAUUUGGGGAGCACUGGAGGGGUGAGAAAGGAAAAGGGGAGGAGGGGCGGUGGGAGAAGGGCUGUUGGGAUGGGGAGAGAGGUGGAGGAGGUGGGGGUAACAGGUGGCAUACGAAAGGGAGAGAAGGGAGUGAGAAGGGGGGGAGUGAGAGGCGAGGGGAGGGGAAGGGGUGUGGGAGUGAGGAGAGCAGCGCAGGGCUGACAGCGGCUGAGAUGGUGACUCUAUCAGAGGAAGAUUUCGGGGCAGAUGAAGGGCUGGAUGGUGUGAUUAUAACGAGGGCAAGUCAUGACUACAGGAUGUGGCAGGUGGAGGAGGAUAAAAGCAGGGCAGUUGAUGAAGGGGAUAGGGUGAGAGUGCCUUGGGGCGCCACUGAAGGUUCACAUGGUUUGCCUGCAGGUGCCAAGGAGGACUGUGGGAGUGGCGAGGAGUUGGCAGCAGCCGGCACGCGGCACAUUCUGGUGGUUCGUGCAGAGCUGUGUGAGCUGGAGAAGGCGAUUGAGAAGGUAACUGAAAUGGUGAUGGGCAGCGGCGUCAAGGGUUUGAUGGGUCGAGAUGGAGGGAAUCACGGUGCUUCUCUUCAUCUGAGUGCCGCGGUUGCUGACUCUGAUGCUGCUGCUGCAUCAGCUACUGUGAUCGGGAGGGAGUGCAGCAAUGCUGGUGCCGAUGCUUCUGCGGCCACAGCUGUUGGCACUCAUGCUGGCGUGCAGGUGUUGCAUCACAGCCCUGAACCACCGCCUUAUGAGUCGCUGCCUGUUGUGCUGGUUCGCAGGGCCGUGCAGGCAACCACAGGGCUGCACGCAUCUGUGAGAGCCGUGCCAGUAGCAGCGGCAGAACAAAUACAAGGGGCAGGGAAGGAAGCGGAGGGAGAGGAGCGCGAGGAAGCAGCAGAGGCAGCGGGAGUGCAGGGGACAGACAGGGGGUUGGCAGCAGCAGGGACGUUUCUUGUGAUAUUUGCGUCUGCGGAAAUGGCAGGAACGGCUGAGAGGCGGAUCCGAGAGGCCAGGCGGCGGGCGAGAAAGGGUGCGGAGAGGAGAAGGGCUGGUUCCGAGGACGAUAGCAGCAGCAACAGUAGGGGGUCUCAGGAUAAGUGUACGGGUGAACGCUUGGAGGGGUGUGCGGAUGGAUGCUUGGAGAAGGAUGUGGAUGCGAGGUUGGUGGGGGCUGUGGCGUGCUGCCUGUCUGUGUCCCGCUUUGAAGACGCGUCAGCUGAUGUGCUGGCGAGCUGCUAUUGGUCGGUUCCUGAGAGGAGGAAGACCCGCGUGGAUGGUGCUGCUGCCGCCCGGCUCUUGUCCAGAUCGCUUGUGUGA